UUCACUGCUACCCAAAUACAGUCACACUGAAGUCUAUCAAAACAAAAAAAUGCAUGGAAAUGCAAAAUUAUUUAUAUUCUUAAUAUUUGGACUUUGCGCCACAUUGGCCAGCGCAGAGCUGUCCGGCUUGUUUAACGCUCUACAAUAUCUGGGGCUCAAAAUACACUCAAAUGGCACAGGAUCGUCAGCUGCUCCCAGUGCAGCUCAAGGUCAAGGGUUGCGCGGUGGAUGUCGUUACUCAUUUGACUCGUACGCUUUGAUGAGUGAGCGCCAUACCUGUGCGCCCGGUGACGAGCACAUUUUGCAUCUGACAGAGCUGCCACAACAGCGCAAACCUCCCUUGUUGAUAAGAUGCCUGCAACAGGAAUUAACUCCACAGUUGCAUAACAUCACUGGGCUUCCAUUGGAGAAAUUGCUGAUCAUGAAAUCGGCCAAGGACAUUGUCAAUCUGCUGAAACCCAUUGGUAAUGCGACCAAGCGGCACGAAUACGGCAGCUGUGUUGUCGUCCACUUCUGCACACGCACCAGCCUGGAGUGCGCUCGUGUGGCACCCGCCGUCAAUCUCUUGCCUCAUUUGUUUCCCACGCUGAAGGUGGCCUACAUCGAUGCCUUUCAGUUUACUCGUUUCAAUGCAGAGUUCGGCAUUGUUUCGCUGCCCACUUUGAUGAUCUUCCAUCAAGGGCGACCGUUGAUCAAAUACGAUCCGCCAUGGCAGGAUCCGGGCAACAUAAGCUAUGCCAAGUUCAUAAUGCGUCACACCAACAUCAAAUACGUGAAUCCCAGGAGCAUAGUGCCCGCGUUACUGCAGUACACCCAAUACGGUCCACUGAUCAAUGUGCCCGAUCGGCAGACCGAUUUCUAUGUGGGACUCUCAUGGCUCUUCAUUCUGAUCUGUCUGGGAAACUAUAUGCGACGCACUUUGCUGUGGAAGCAGCUGGUGGAAAUGGUGCAGCGCAAUUGGCGUGAAUCGGAGGAGACGCAAAUGGAGAUGGUUGAUUAGCGCAAAUGAUAAUUAAAUAAAUUAGAUUAUAUAUAUUAAACUACGAUUAAAAUUUA